AUGGUUCAAGAAUUUUAUGACAACCUUUGGAUCACUUAUAAGGAUGUCGUCGAAGUUAAUGAGAAGCCACCAAAGUUUUGCAAACUUAGAGAUGGGUGUGAGAUUAUAAUUGAAAGAGUAUCAUCCAAUGACAAGAGGCAAAUAUUUCAGCAGUUCCUCAAUGAAAUUUUGGUUUCCAAUAUCCUGCAUCACAAAAAUCUCGUGACAUUUCGCGGUUAUGCCUUUCAUCAUGAGGAAUUCCUGGUAGCACAUGAAUAUCUCUCCAAUGGCACUCUUGCUGCUUAUCUUGAAUGUGAAAUCCAACAUAAUAAAUGCACAUUACCUUUGCUUACUCGAAUGGAAAUCGCCAUCGAUAUUGCGAAUGCAUUGAGCUAUCUUCACAAGCAUGGCAUCAUCCACCCUAACAUAAACUCCAGCUAUAUUCUGCUAGAUAAAAACAUGUGUGCUAAAGUUGCUGGCUUGUACUUAUCAAGGAAACUUCCAGAGGAUGUUUCUGUCAAUGCCACCAGCGUUGUUUCAAUUUCAAGUGAUAUAGCAAAAACUUGUGUUUACAUUGACCCAGAGUAUGUGUGUCUCAAUGCAGAGUCAGCACCAAGAAUGAUGUUUAUAGCUUCGGAGUAG